UACCCAACAGCAGAACAGACCGAACCGAGAACCGAGUCGAGUCGGAACGAAACGAAUCGCGUCGAAUCGAAUCGAGAGCCAAACAAACCACGCCAAACAAGCCAAACAAACCAAACAAGCCGAAGAAAACGCGUCGGAAAAUCGGAGGAAAGCCGUUGAGUAACGCGACGAUUUUAAACACUUUUUUUUUCGGUGCCCAGUGUUGUUCUUUUUUUUUGUUUGUUGGUUUUUCCACACAAAGUUUGUUUUCGUUUUUGUCGGGGAAAUGCGCGCGCGCAUUUAAGAAGUGUCGGGGGAAAACUAAAAAACGCAGCUGCCUACAGCAAGAACAACAACAGCGGUAGAUACGGAACCAGGAACCAAAGAAGAACCAAAGAAGUCAACUUGCAACUUGCAACACAAUCGUUGUUGCUUUUUGGCCCCUGAUCUUGGCGGCCCCAAUCCUUUUGGCAGGCGUCGGACGGAGCCGCUCGGCAGCGGCAGCUGCGGCGGCACCGCAUGGAUCAUGCCGUGAAGGCGACGCGCGGCCGCCCGCUCAACACGCUGCGCUUCGAGAACGACGAGCUGGAAUGCCUCUACCAGCGGUACACGCUCAAGCUGCAGCGCUUCUCGGUGCUGGGCGUGGUGGCCCUGGUCCUCGUCCUCUGCGGGGUGAUGGCGGCCCUCUCGCUGACCUUCAAUAAUGCGGCCACCUUUCACAACAUCUUCAAUGCGAUCGUGUGUGGGCUGUUCGCGGUGGUGCUGGUGCUGCUGCAGUGCUCCGUGAUCAAGGACCACCACCUGCCCACAUUGUGCUACGGAAUCCUGCUGUUCACGGCCAGCAUCUGCGUGGUGUCGAUGCCAACGCUGGGCAGCAUCUUCCCGGUGGACACCAAGGAGGUGAUGGCCGAGGGCGUCUGGCAGAUCGUCUUUGUGGUCUUCCUCGCCUACGCCAUGAUGCCGCUGCAGAUCUGGGAGGCGGUGGCCUUCGGCAUUGCCCUGCCCUCGGUGCACAUCAGCCUGACGGUCUACAAGAUAUUCACAGAUGCGCUGCGCUACCUGGAGUACAACCAGCUGAUCGCCAACAUCGUUAUCUUCAUCGGCGUGAAUGUGGCCGGUCUGGUGGUGAACAUCAUGAUGGAGCGGGCCCAGCGGCGCACCUUUCUCGACACGCGGAACUGCAUUGCCUCGCGCCUGGAGAUCCAGGAUGAGAACGAGAAGCUGGAGCGACUCCUGCUGUCGGUCCUGCCCCAGCACGUGGCCAUGCAGAUGAAGAACGACAUCCUGUCGCCGGUGGCCGGCCAGUUCCAUCGCAUCUACAUCCAGAAGCACGAGAAUGUGAGCAUCCUCUUUGCGGACAUCGUUGGCUUCACGGUCCUCUCCUCGCAGUGCAGUGCCCAGGAACUGGUGCGCCUGCUCAACGAGCUCUUCGGCCGCUUCGAUCAGCUGGCCCAUGACAACCACUGUUUGAGGAUUAAAAUCCUAGGCGACUGUUAUUAUUGUGUCUCCGGAUUGCCAGAACCACGAAAGGAUCAUGCCAAGUGCGCCGUGGAAAUGGGACUCGAUAUGAUCGAUGCCAUUGCCACCGUGGUGGAGGCCACCGACGUCAUCCUGAACAUGCGCGUGGGCAUCCACACGGGCCGGGUGCUCUGCGGGGUUCUGGGGCUCCGCAAGUGGCAGUUCGAUGUGUGGUCGAACGACGUGACCCUGGCCAAUCACAUGGAGUCGGGCGGGGAGCCCGGCCGGGUGCACGUGACCCGCGCCACACUGGACUCCCUGUCCGGCGAAUACGAGGUGGAGGCUGGCCACGGGGACGAACGGUCCUCGUAUCUACGAGACCAUGGCGUGGAUACCUUCUUCAUUGUGCCGCCACCACAUCGCCGCAAGCCGCUGAUGCUCAACACCCUAGGAGUUCGCUCGGCGAUCGGAAGUCGACGGAAGCUCUCGUUCCGGAACGUGUCCAAUGUGGUCAUGCAGCUGCUGCACACGAUCAAGUUCUCCGAACCGGUGCCCUUCUCCAACAUAGCCACCGGAUCCUUCCCCUCGGCGGCCAGCGCCUUGGGGGGCGGAGUGCAACUCGGAGGCGGUGGAGGAGGAGGCGUGGCACGGGGAAGCACCUGCGAGGCGAACGCCGGAAGCGUUCAGGUUUCCGAGAAGGGAUCCCGCAAGGAUGCGGUGAUACGUCUGCAAAAGAUCUUGCAUGCAACACCGCCACCGCACGGCAUGGGCUAUGGCAGCGUCGUCGGCAGCGGCGGCGGUGGUGACAGCGGUAUUUCCGGUUCCGGUGGUGGUGGUAUCGCCGGUGGCGGCAGUGGGGGCAGUGUCCAAGUGACCGUAGGCACAAAUCCCAACUCUACAGCGAGUACGAUUAGUCGCAUUCAUAGGCACAAUCACAAGAACAAUAAACCGCAGUCAAAGGUGGCGGACAAGUUCAAGAGGCCAUUCCGGAAGCGGCACUCGGUGGCAGCCCACCAUCAGCCCACCAAUCGGGUGAACCGGUUCCUCUCCCAGGCGAUCAAUGCCCGGUCGGUGGACUGCGACAAGUCGGAGCAUGUGGAUCGGCUGACCCUGCGCUUCCGGCAGAGCGACAUGGAGCGGGAGUAUCACAAGGAUUUCGAUCUGGGCUUCACCACGGCCAUGGGCUGCUCGCUGUUGCUUCUCAUCCUGGGUGCAGCGCUCCAGGUGACCGCUCUGCCGCGCACUCUCAUCCUGCUGCUGCUCUUCCUCUUCGCCUUCAUCUGGGUGAGCGCCAUCCUGAUGCUCCUGCUCGCCGUGCGACUCAAGUGGAUCAUCUGGGACAUCUCGGAGAGCUUCUCGCUGCGCAUGGCCAUCACUAUUUUCACGGUCAUUCUCAUUUACUCCGUGGGACAGGUGAAUGUGUUUACGUGUGUCUCGGACCAUCCAUGUGGGGGCAAUGCGACGAGCUCCUUCCAGAACGACUCGCAUCGCAAGUGCUCGCUGCCCCAGUACGUGUCCCUAUCGGCAGCCUUUGCCUUCCUAUCUGUGUCCGUGUUCCUCAGGCUGCCCAUCAUAUUCAAGUCGCUGCUGGUGCUGGGAAUGGGCACCAUCUAUGCCCUGUUCAUAGAGCUGUCGCAUCAGAACAUCUUCGAGUGCUACGACAACCGGGUCAACGCCUCGAUUCCACUUCACUUGAUCUCGCUGGCCCGCAUCGCCAUCUUUAUGAUUGCCAUUCUGGUGCACGGCCGCCUGGUGGAGGGCACUGCCCGGCUGGACUUCCUCUGGCAGCUGCAGGCCUCGCAGGAGAAGAAGGAGAUGGACGUGCUGCAGGAGUCGAACAAGCGCAUUCUGCACAAUUUGCUGCCCGCUCAUGUGGCUGCACAUUUCCUCGAUGCGCAAUUCCGCAACAACAUGGAGCUCUACCACCAGAGCUAUGCCAAGGUGGGCGUAAUCUUUGCCAGCGUGCCCAACUUCAACGAGUUCUACACCGAAAUGGACGGCUCGGAUCAGGGUCUGGAGUGCCUCCGCCUGCUGAACGAAAUCAUCGCGGACUUUGAUGAGCUGCUCAAGGAGGACCGCUUCCGGGGCAUCGACAAGAUCAAGACCGUGGGCAGCACCUACAUGGCCGUCGUGGGUCUUAUUCCCGAGUACAAGAUCCAGCCCAACGAUCCGAACUCAGUGCGUCGCCACAUGACAGCCCUCAUUGAAUAUGUAAAGGCCAUGCGACAUUCUCUGCAGGAGAUCAACAGUCACUCGUACAACAAUUUUAUGCUGCGCGUGGGCAUCAAUAUUGGUCCUGUGGUGGCGGGCGUUAUUGGAGCUCGAAAGCCGCAGUACGACAUUUGGGGCAACACGGUGAACGUGGCCAGUAGGAUGGACUCCACCGGAGUACCUGGCUACUCGCAGGUGACCCAGGAGGUGGUCGACAGCCUGGUGGGCUCGCACUUUGAGUUCCGUUGUCGCGGCACCAUCAAGGUGAAGGGCAAGGGCGACAUGGUCACCUAUUUCCUGUGCGACAGUGGCAACAAGUCGCUCAACGGCGAGGUGCGCAACGCCAUGUCCCUGCCGCAGAGUCUCCAUGCACCUGACUACUACAUGAAGGUCUCACAGUUCCCGGAGAAUCGCGUCAAUACCGAUACCUACAGCAAGAAGGAGAACGGUCACCUGUAUGCCGGUACUGGUGGCGAGGAGCAACAGCUGCUGCUGCAGCACCAGCACAAGCAGCUGGAUCCGCUGCCGCUGCCAGCACCACCGCCUCCGGUGCACCACCAUCUGCAUCAGCAGCAACAGCAGCGCCUGAACAGCAAGCUGCAGAAGCAGCCGAUCUUCAUGGCCAACGGCGGUCUGCCCAAUAUCCGGGAGAACGGCAAUGGUCACAAUGGCGAGCAGCAGCACGGUGGCUUCAUGGUGGCCACGACGACACCGUCGGCUGCAGUGGCGGUUCCCCUCCAGCCCCAGCUCCAGCUCCAGCACCACCAACUCCAGUUCCAGCACCAACACCAGCUCCAGCACCAACACCCGCACUCGCAUCCCCUCCCGCCAGCUGUGGCGGCUCCAGUGCAGCACCAGAUCCUACUCCACCACCAGCUCCAGCUCCAGCAUCAGCCCGUUCCUUCGGUAAUGUUGCGCGAGUUUAAUAUUAUUGAGAACCCGACUUCCGGUGGCCGGCAUCCGCAGAUGGAGCAGCUGCCGCCGCAUCACGGCAGCCUCGACCUAUCGGGAAUGGGUAUGGGAAUGGGUGUGGGAAUGGGAAUGGGGGCUGGCGUGCUAGGCGGUGACUGCUUCAUGAUGCCCCGGCGAGAUCGCGAUCGCACUUACGUGCCGCCCCUAAACCAGCAUGGCCAUCAUCCACCACCGCAUCACCUCCAUUCGAACCUGAACCUGAGUCAGAACCAGAGCCAGAGCCAGAACCAGAGCCAGAAUCAGCACCCGCCAUCGUUCACCAGCCUGGGCUAUGGCCAAUGCCGGGAGAGCGAGCCGCUAUUGCAUGCCAGCAGCGUCGCGCCGGUAGCCAAGAUCAUGCCCAUGCAGCAUGCGCCAAAGUACGAGCCACCACGUUACACUUCUCCCCACACCAUGUUGUCGCAGCAGCAUCAACAGCAGCAUCAGCAUCAGCAGGAGCGGCCACAGCAUCCUGCCACAUCCCAGGAGCAGCAGCCACAUCCCACCCAGGAGCAACCACAUCCCUCGCAGCGACAGUACGCCAUGUAUUCGCAGCAGCCGCAGCUGCCGCCGAAGCCGGCGCUGAGGACGUACAUGAAGCCGCUGCCGAGGCUGCCGGCGGAGCUGGAGGAGAGCCGCGACAUGUCCUCCACGGACGACCUCAGCUCGCGGCCACACUCGCCCUCGAUGAGCAGCUCCGACGAGAGCUACUCGAAGACCACCGAGGGCGAGGGCGAUGGCGACGAGGAUUCGCCGCGCAUCCCCAAUGGCGGCCACCUGCAGCACCGCAACAAUGGCUACCACCUGCCCGCCGGCGGCCUGGUCAAUCCGCUGCAAUGGCUCUACCCCUGCGACAUUCAGGUGGAUCCCACCUCACCGGUCGUUGACAUGGCCCACCUGCACGAUUUCGAGCUGAGCUCCACCACCGAGAGCCAGGGCCACCACACCACCAGCAACACGACGAGCAACACGCAGCACAAGGGCGACAGUUGCAGCAGCUUUGACUAUCAAAAGGCAGCUGCGGGAGCGGGAACGGCGGCGGGAGGGGGAGCGGGAGCUGGAACGGGCGUAAUACCCAUCCCCACCAAGUCGCCCUUCGAGCGGGAACUGCAGCGUCUGCUCAACGAAUCCUCGCGAGCCCGUUGCCUGGCCACCUCGACGACGACGACGGCAGCGGGUGGCAUCUCCACCACGGAUCACACGGCCAGCAAUGGCAGCCGGGAGAUGAGCUACUCCCUCAGCAAUGGCAGGCUGAGCUCCGUCAAUGGGCAUGGUGCCGCAGGGACCGCUUCCGGUUCGGGAUCCGGAUCAGGAUCGGCGGUGGGCAAUGGCAGCGGUGGCAGCGGCAGCAGCAAUGGCAAUCUCAGCGGCGGCAGCGGCAGCAACUCGAACAGUGGCAACAACAACAGCAGUCACCACAAGUCGGAUCAGCAUCCCCAAGCGGAUCACGAGCUCCUGGCCGGCGGCAAGUUGCCGGGCAGCAGCAGCUUCAUGAUCGCCAAGCACCCGGUGGGCUUGGAGGCCAUCAAGGAGAUAACGCGCAACAAGAACCCAUCGGAGUCAAGCCAAAUGCAAACCUCGGACACGGAAUCCUGCGAGAUCCUGCACGAGAACCGCAACCAGAUGCAUGUGCUGGCCAUGCUGGAGAUGCACUCGGCCAAGGAGCUCAAUGGCUGCCAUGUGCAUCAUGUGCCGCAUUCGCAGCAGCAGCAUCAGACGCGUCCGCAUCGUCAGCGACCGCGCUCCAAGGAGUUGCAGUACAGCCACGAGAGCCUGGACGGCCUGGAUGGAGCGGUGCAGGCGCAGUCGCAACAGCGCCACCCGCGAUACCACCAUCACCACCACCAUCACCACCAACAGAGGCAGCAGCAGCAGCAGCAACAACAGCGCUACAACCAUGUGCAGGAGCAGGAGGAGCGUGACGAUACCGAGGACAACCUGGCCGAUGAGGAGUUCGAGGACGAUGAAGUGGGUCGCGAUGUGCGACAGAAGCGCCUACAAAAGCCGGACCUCAACCACAAGCGGGCAGAUGGCGAUGGCGAGGAGGAGGAAGUGGACGCCGACGACGACGAGGAUGAUGAUGAGGAUGAGGAGCAGGACCAGGACCACCGGAAUGGAGGGCACAAGGAGGCAGCGCCGCUGACGAACGGCAGCAUGCGCGGCCUGGAGGCCAAUGUGAUAAACGACGAGCUGAAAUACGGGGCGGCCCAUCUUAACCACCAGUCCAUGGACUCCAAUCCGUUGGAGAGCCAAUCGGAGUGGUCGGACGACGAUUGUCGUGAGGAAGCCACAGGGGGAGCUGAAUCCACGGGCUACAUCACGGAUGAGCCCGGUUUGGAGAACAUCUCGCUGCUGAACGAAGCUGGGCUCACCGAUGCCGAGGGCGCCCUCUCGGACGUUAACUCGCUGUAUAACGCGCCGGAUGUGGACGACACCUCGGUGUCCAGCCGGGCCAGCUCCCGCCUGCUCAGCCUGGACUCGCUGAGCGGCCUCUACGACUGCGACCUGGACUCCAAGCACGAGCUGGCCAUUGUCAAUGCCUCGCACAAGAUCUCCAGCAAAUUUGGACAGCCCCCAUCGCCGGCACAGCAUCAGCAGCAUCCGCAACAGCAGCAGCAGCAGCAGCAGCAGCAUCUGCAGCAGACUCAAACCCAAAUCCAAGCUCCGGUUCAGUUCCAGUCCGCUGAGGAGCUGAGAGAGUAAAGAUUGAUGAUGGAGCGUUAAACACUCAAAACGUUGUUAUUGCUAUAUGCAAAUGGUGUCUAAUAAUUUACAAUAAACCAACCUAAACUAAAGUAAACUAAAGCUAGAAUAUAGGUGACAGAUAUAUAUAUAUAUAUGAUAUAUUUAUGUAUGUAAAGAAGCAGAGGCACUUAAAGCUGCUCUAUAUAUGGCACCCCUAGAUGUAAGCCCGUUUACUUUAAUGUGGCUCCAUAAUGCCUAUAUAUAUAUAUAUAUAGUGUAUGCAAGAAAACUCUAUAUGUAAACAAGUAAACACGUAGUCAUUGGUUAGCCGUCGCCAAUUGGCCCAGUUAAGCGUUCCAGUUACUACUAUCCCGCGUGAGAGAAAUCGAAAUUAUACUUGAUAUUUAGCCGCCAAUUGAGAUAUCCAAUGCUAAUCCAUGAAUUCAUCAUUUAGUGCGCUUAGUCCUCCUAAGGACUUUCUAAUUGGAAGGAGGGAAUGCCUCAUCCAACCCAUAUGUUAUUAAUGUACGAAUAUAUAUGUAUGUAUAUGUAUCAUUUUGAUAAUCGAAUAAGCAAAGAUUUGGCCUAUCACAUGAAGCCACAACCAAUGCAUGACAAGUUGUAAAUAAAGCAAAAUGUUAUAAAUAUUUCCCCCGAUAUUAUUGUAAGGCUUAUAAAUUUGCCCAUAGACUGCGCCCACCCUGAAUUCGAAUUUUAAAUUGUAAUUGCAAAAAAAAACUCAUCAAUUGAGAUCAUUACUUGGGAUAAUCGUAUUAGAGUCCCUUGUAAAAGAUACGUAACGUCUUGUUUCUUUAUUUUUCGAACUACCACGCUCCCUUAGCCACGCCAAGCGUCUUUGACCCCAUAUAUUAUAUGUUGCCUACUCUUGGGCUCAACCACAAACUGGCUUAAACCUAGCUUUUAGCUUUUGUAUUCCAAAUAUGAUGUUGCGAAUUUUUAAGUAUAAGUUCCAGAGUGCUAGACGGAGUGACUCAAAGUGUACUCCACUCUGUUGGCUGCUGCACAAUUGUCAAAUUUCAUUUGCUAUGCUACUUCAGUGUAUUCGUCUGUAAGAUCUGUACAUAGGAUAUUCAAAUGAAGAUAUAUAUAUAUAUAUAUGAAUAUGAUUUACAAUUACUAGGAACUUAAGAUGCAGAGACAAAAAGAUAUUCUUGAUAUUGUUGCCCCGACCCUUGAUAACCAAAAUAAAAACAGAAACAUAAACCAAACGACACCAAGCAAAAUGAAAACUGAAAACAAAAUCUCGUACAACUGUGCAAAUGAUAAAUAAGGAAAAUGUAAGCAAACAAAUCCAUAUUUUGUGUGUGAAAUUUAUUAAGUCGCCUUAGGAGCGUCAAAUAUUAUUAACAAAUAAGAAAACUACACGAACGCAAGUACAUUAAGCGAUUAAAGCAACAACCACAGCUACUGCAAGAGCUGCAAACAGCCCACAGAUAAACUUCUUAUGCAAAUAUAAACACAAAUAGCGCAGAUCUGUAUACAUUCAAUAUAUAUGUACAUAUAAAAAUUGAAACUGAAAACCAGCUGGAAUAAAUAUCUAUAUAUAUUGUA